AGAGUCCUGAGGGAACUGGCUGAUAUGGUCACUGAGCCGCUCUCAAUGAUAUGUGAGAAGUCAUGGUGGUCAGGUGAAGUCCUCGGUGACUGGAAAAAAGGCAAUGUAGCAUUGCUGUUUUAAGAAGGGCCCAGGAAACUAUCAACCUGUCAGCAAAAUUAUAAUUAUUCUUGCAAUUAAUGAUGUCAGCAGCAAAGCAUUAGACAAGUGGAAGCUAAACCAGGAUUGUUUGCUUUUUUCAUUCUUUCACGUAAUGCCUAAGUAAUGCUGAGUAGCUGCUGUGUGAGGUGUGGGAAGGAGUCGCUGGGUAAAGCAAGUAGGAAUUAAGAUUGGAAUGGGAAAAAGUCUGUGGGAGGAGAAUGGUGGCUCUGUGCUUAUUUCCUGUCCUUUCACACUGAAGUUUUGAGAAGUUUGGAAACAGCUGCACAGCUGUUCAGGACAGCCAGUGACUUAGAUGAAUUGCAGCAAAUCAUUUGGCAGCAAAGUCCAUCUUUGUAAUGGGCUGGAAGGCAGAAAUUGUUGCAGUACGGUAUAUAUUGCCCCCCCUUCAUUUUUUAUCCUCUCUUUCAGAAAUGUCUGUAACUAGCUUCCUGGCUAUGUGUGGGUCUCCUAUCCUCUCCCCUCUUUAUUGGGGUUUCUUUCUUAUGGCUUUUUGGUGUGAAUGUGUUCCUUUUCACCCAAAAUGCUCUGCUCAUGUUAUUCCUUCCAUUCUCUUCCAUGUUGUGAAGUGCCCCAGUCAGAACAGGACUCUCAAAGGCAGAGCAACAGAUCGUGUCCUAUUUCAAGCAACAAACCCUUCCACACUUCUAUAGAUCAGCACUCUUGUUCUGUAUCUCUUUGCAUUUCGUGACGACGCUUCUCAUAGUAAGAUGGUGAAAGUGGGGCGGGCCCUUCACAGAACCCUGAGUUGAGAAGUAAAAUCUCAAAUGGUGGUGGUAAAUCCGAGGCAGGAGAGCCUACGUGGGAACCGCGACGGUAUUCCCUUCCCGUUGCGGCGGGUACUUGAGAAGAGGAGGUGCUAUCUGUGACUGAUGGAGGAGCGUUAGGACUGACGGCGCGGGGCCGCGUUUCCCCUCACGAAGCGGCGGGGGCUCCUGAAGGGCCGCCUGGUGCUGCCGCCGAACUGCCCGAGCUCGCCAGGGGGCGGAGAGAGCGCCAAAAGCUUUGGGGUAUGCCGAAGGGAAGCUCUGGGCUGAGAGGCGGGGUGGUCGUGAUGAAGAGGCAGCUGGGAGCGAUGGAGGUGGUGUUAGGCGCGGUGCCGUGAGAGGCAGCGGAGUGUGGCUCUGGGGGCUGCGGUGGCGCGAGAGGCUGCGCUCGGCUCUGUGAAACUCAGGGAGCGGCAGCGUGUGGAGAACACCGUGAGCCGUGGCAUAGGCUGUCCUCGCUGUGCUUCGUGUCUCUGUUCUGUGGCCACAGAGCACGACACAGUGAUCUCAGGGCGGUGGGAGAAAGGAGAGGCUGUGGUUUCGGCUGAACUUUAAUCUCUUCUUGUAAAAGAUUUGAAAGGAUGGAACGGUAGUUGCAUGGGAUUAAUCCUAAAGAAACUGAAAAAUAAAUCCUAAUGUAAGUUCUCCUUCAAUUUGUGCAUAAAAUGUGACACUUCAGGCCAGUAGAACGCAUCUACCAGCCCACCUACAGCAUACAACUGACAAGAAGUUCUCUGCUGCUGCCAUACAGGUGCACCUCAGGUACCCUGUUCUCUCACAGGUCUGUCCUCCCAAACCAACUUCUGUGACCUCCUGCCAUGAAUCGUUCAUAAAUGAAGAGCUUUUCUUUCUCUUCAGCCUCUUUAUGUUGUGCUUUGUCCUAUGCCAGGUAGCUAUGUCUGUGUUUGAAGGUUUAAGUGGUAUUUCAUAUUGGUUACCUACAGAAAAGACAGAUGAUAAUUUGUAAAAUAAAGUCUGUGUGACCAUUAAAAGAUCAUAGUUGGAAGGGGCCUUUGAAGGUCAUCCAGUCCAGCUCCUUUGCAACUAACAGGGACAUCAGAUGUGUGUAUACAAAAUGUCACAUUUUGGCCUUAGUAGUUCUACCUCUAAGUUCAUAAGUUCUGAGAUUUACUCUGAAAGCGCUCUGAAAAUAUGUGAACAACACUGAAGAGUAUGGUCACAUUCUAGACCAACUCUGUGAUCUUGAAAGUUUUAUCUACAGGAAUAAGAAUUGAUCACCUGUAUAUACUGAUGUUUGCAAGAUCUACACCUUAAAUGGAUACUACAGGAGGUGACAGCAAAUGAGGAAAGUGUAAUUUAAGAAAUAAAUUAUUUCUCUGUUUCAUGUUUUCAACAACUAUGACAGCCUUCAUAGCUCUCUCUCUCAUAUCUCAUAUAUAUAUGUCUUACUUUAGCUCCAAUGACUGGGGGGAGUUAAGGAGAGGAGGGGCUAAAUGCUGCAUUUAAUUUGAUGGGUCAGGGAUUGGGUGGUGCAAUAAUUCAGUAAUAAGAAGAAUAGUAGAGCAUUUUAGGAAUUUAUUGUUAUUGUAGCACGGCCAAUUCUGAACUAAUUCUUUCCAGCUUAUUCCAGAAUUCUCAUUAAGAGUCCAAAGUCUUUUUGGAAGAUGCACAAAGAAAUACAGAAAAUGAAGGAAAUUAUCCUUGUUUACCUUGACAGAAGUGGUGGCCUUGAGAAAUUUGUGCACGACUGCAAAAAAUACAACGACUCAAAACAAAGUUAUGCUGUGUAUCGUUUCGUUAUUUCAAUAAACCCUUCUGAUGUUGCUGAAUUGGAUGCAACUCUUGGAAACUACGUUCUUCAUAAGCCCAUGAAAGCUGCAGGGAUUUUUCAGUCAGUAUGUUUCAUAGCUAUUAAGACAUUAUCAUUAAUUGAACAAUUACAGACGGAGGCCCAAAUAAGCAUACUGCUGAAACCAACACAUUUGCCACCAUUACCGAGUUAUGUUCUCAGUCUUUCUGCAUUUCCAUUUAAUUACACAUCUAAGAGAUUUUAUAUGUCUGAAGGAAUAGUGAUUGCAAUGGGAACUGUCACAAAAUACACUCAAGGAGCAAGAUUUCUUUGCACCGGGGAAACCUGUCCAUUCUCUGAAGGGUUUAGAUACAUAAGGGUGCAUCUGCCCGGAGCUACAGAAUCUGCCACAGUGAGAAAUGACUUCGUGUGCAGUUUGUGUUCUUCACCACUGCAGGAAGAUAUGAAAUUCAGAGUACUUGGUGAUAAACAGGUCGUUGAAAUGAUUGAUGCCAAAGUUCUUAAUGCUUUAAAAGGAUAUUCCGACCAUAAAUCGCAUUUUAGGAUUCAGACUUUUACAGUUUUCUUGAGAGAUGAACUGGCCAAUACAAUGACAAUAGGAAACCACUACAAGAUCAUAGGAAUUCCAGCUUGUGUACAAAAUGGCCCACAAGCUACAGCAUUUAUAGAAGUCAGUAGUGUACAGCUCUGUAAACCAAAUGGUCCUUCUUUCAUCGGUGAAAAUUUUAAGUAUCUACUCUCACUGACCUCAAGUUCAUGCUGGAGGUUUACAGCCACACUUGCCAAUAUCUUUGCUUCUCAAGUUGUUCCACCAGGCACUUACAAUACUCUUAAACUGGCAAUAUUACUGAGUCUAGUACAGACGUGUGAAAUAGAAAAUGCAGAUUACCUCGAUCUACUGAUUGUGACAAGUGACACUCUAAUAAUUGAUAGGCUUCUGAAUUACAGCCUAUGUCUCCUGCCUCGUGGCAUACGACACCCAUCCUCUAGUGACAUCUUUCCUUCUGUGUCCAAAGAUAAGCAUGGAACUGGAAGUGCUAGUAUUCAAGCUUGCAGUGCUCUGCUGGCUCAGGGUGGUAUCUGUUACAUAGGAGACUUAUCUUCAUACAAAAAGGAUAAACUUGAACUCCUGCAAUCCGUGCUAGAGAGCCGGACAACAACACUGUUCAUUCCUGGGAAGAAGUAUGGAGAAGAGGCUGACCAACAAAUGACAAUUUCAAUUCAGACCAACUUCUGGUCUUAUGUAGAUGUGGGUUCUUCCCCAAAGAAACAUACGGCAAGGGACAGCUUUUUAAUUGGGCAGAUGGACUUGAGUUUGAUUCCACCUAAUCUUUUAGAUGUUUUUGGGCUGUUGAUAUACAAUGAAUUUCCUUUGUGUCAGCUGUCUUUUCCUGUAGUGCAUCAUGUCUUGCAAAAAGCCAUUAAUCCUGAAGCCAUGCUGUACAGAGUCUCACAGCAGUUCAGAACACAGGAUUAUGAAGAGUUUAUUUUGUUCGCAAAGAAUCUUCAUGUCCAACUGGGUUCUGAAGCAGAAAACCUCAUUCAGGGCUACUAUCUUGCAAGUCGUAGAGUGAGGAGAGAUUCUCUGCAUGGAUCAAAUUUAUCAGCAUCUGCACUAAAAAUCCUGAUUUCACUGUCCAAAGCUCAUACUAAACUAAGUUUGAGGAAGAAAGUCCUUGAGGAAGAUGCAUUGAUUGCCAUCCUGCUGUUUGAGUCAUCUCUUACCCUAAAACAUGGUAAGUCAGCAUUGUGCAUAGAACCAAACGCAGUAUUUCCAUUCGACCUCAGUGAUGAAAACAGCCUCCAACAGAGAGAUAUUUACCUAUUGCAGUGCCACCAUCAACUGCUUCAGUUUAUUGGUGCAUAUAGCCCAGGGACUUACGUUAGCACUAAUGAAGAAUGAAAUCUGCUGUGAGUCUGAAGCUUCUACUUCAGCCUGGGACUGCAGUUACAGAAAAGUAGACAACUGUUUUCAGUGCUAUUUUGCAAAGAAAUAAAGUAUAGCUGAUAGAAUUUAGUUGAAGUUUCCUGGUAACACUGAAGAAAGACAGAAGUGAUGUUUCUAUUCUGGAAGGCCACGGCUUCAGAAUAAAGCCAGAAUCUGAACUUGUAUUCCCAGCUACAACCAUCACUUACCUGGAUGGACAGAGACAAGUUUUUAAUAAGGUAACUAACAUUUAAGCCAAGAAUGCAGAAUAUUGUAUUUCAUUUCAACUAUGGCCUGUACUUUUCCCUGUUGCUUCUUUUUAAAUGCUUUAUCCAGCAAGGAAUAGUUUUAAUACACUACAAAAAGCAGUACUGAUGUAAGACAACUUUAAGUUAUUCAUGUACCAUAAAUUUUAAGAUUUAUAUCACCAUACUGCUUCUUGCUUUAUGCCUCAGUUUUACAUUUACAUACACUUACAUAUACAUAUAUUUACAGCACUAUCAUAUCAGCCCAGGAUGUAGGUACACUCCUGCAAUCUGAAAUAAAGCUUAGAUAAGGACAUGGAGACAGGAGAGCCAAAAAAAUUAUUAGUAGGCCCACCAGGGAGGAAGCAGCUCACGGAGUUCCAGUCUAACUGCCUCACUGCAAAAAUGAGUGUGAAGACUGAUACAGUGGAUACGUUCCUCCAAGUAGGGACUUCUCUUACUUUCUCCUCCUAGCAAUGACGUAGCUGUAGGCACAACACUGGGCAAGUUUUACAUCAGAGGCCCACAUUCAACGCAGCAGCAAAAUGUACAGACUUCUACUCAAAGAUG